AUGUGCCACCAAAAGGUGUGGUUUCAGAACAGGCAUGCAAAGGACAACAAAGCGCUUUGUAAAAGAGUUCAACACUCCACUCAGCAAGGUUCUGCUUCUGCUCACUCCUCAAAAAUCUCAGUCUUCCAGGGACACAUCUCCCAAGGACUCUCUCAAGUCUUCCACCCCAUGGAAAAACCCAUGCAUUCUGCAGAGGAUGGUCAACCACCUCCACCAGAACCACACCCAGUGGAGCAAUCAUCCAUAACCAAAAGUCCUUUUGAAGUUUUCCUGUGCUACAUAACCCAGUCACCCCUACCAAAAUUCCCCCUCAUGUUCAACCUCUACCGGCAGACUUGA